AUGUCAGCGCCAAAUCGCCGGCGUAAUCACUCUCUGGCUUCUUGUGAGCCAUGCCGGAAAUGCAAGAUUCGGUGUGAUCACAGGACACCCAUCUGUGCCUCAUGUCAACGCCGUAGUCUCCAAUGCUGGUAUCAUCCUGCGCCUCUGACCAAGCAACGGAGUUUCCAGAGACGGACUAUCUCAACUCCACCCAGCUCAACCAGUGUGGUAGAAAGUGAACCUCCAAACAACGCCAAUAGUCCCUCCGCUGGAACCCCAAUAUUCCGCACAUGGCCGUUCCUGUCAGCCGACCCCAACGAUUCGAUAUCGCGGGCUCCGAUAACCGGGGAUCACAAUUACAAUAUAAAGGCACACAAUGAGCAUUUGGCGACCAUUGAAGACAUUGUCUCCCAAUUGAAACUAUUGCCUUUCAUUGAAAAACGAAUCCACGAGUAUUAUUCAUUCAGCCAAGUUGCGCUUGUACCUAGGCCCCUUGUGUUGCAGCUGAUCACUUCCCUUCGAAUUGGUCUCGCAGACUCGGGCUAUAUGAAGGAAGACAGAGUCGAUCAGAUUUCCAUUCAUCAAGGUCCGCAACUAGCAGAAAAUAUUUUGCGCUCAUCCUCAUCGGACGUUGCCGUCACACGAGACUUGGACUUGGAGGCCUUCUGCGCGCUAUUCAGCGGAGCGAAUUUGCGCAUAGAGGCUCUUGGUCUAUUGUAUACUAUGGCAGCACGCUCUUCUCUCUAUACUGAAGGUUAUGGAGACGACAAAUACCAAGAUGAUAAGUUCACUAGAGAAAUGGGUUGGUAUGGCAACUUAUGCUUGCGACUGGCUCGUGAGCUUGCCCCAGAAACAACUGAUAUUAUAAUAUGGCUUGCUCAUGAGAAUCUACAACUUACCACGCUUUUUGAAGGAGAUGCAAGUGAGUCCAGUGGUCCUGAAACAAGCAGUUCGCAUAUUCAUAUUGUCCUAGGUCUAGGUGUCUGGCGACGGGUAGGUGACCUCGCUACAGACCUGCUCGCAUUAGGCUUAAAUAGAGAAGCAACACACUCAGCCACGCCGUUUUUUCUGGCAGAGUGUCGGCGAAGAAGCUUUGUCAGAGCUUAUUAUCUUGACAAAGUGUUCGCAGCAGUGUUCAACCGGCCGCCUCGAAUAACUGCUCGACAUGCAGACUGCAGACUGCCGUUGGACUUAUCUGAUGACGAAAUUUUCACGUCGUCGGACAAAAUAGAACAAGCAGAAGACAACCUUACGCAAGACGGCUGGAACACAGAUGGGAAAUACAGAACAGCAACGUGGGCUCGGAUACGUUAUAUUUUAGCAGAGUUUCGUGAAGAAAUUGUCGAAUAUCAAUAUCGAUCAAUACAGCCUGCCGAUAAUAUCAAACUUAGAGAGUUGUCCAGCCGCUGCUAUGUAGCGUGGAACGGUUUACCCCAUUAUCUUCAAUACAGACAGGACUGCUGGGCGUCGAAUCUCCCGCCCGCACAUUGCCAUAUGCAUGCAAAAGUCUACCUAUCAUAUCUUCACAUCCACUUUCAAGUUUACCGAUUACUUGCCAAGGGUGAUGGUAACACCACUCUUCGACUAAAGUUGCUUGAGGUAUCGGCGGACAUGCUCGAAACAGUUGUAAAAAUGACGAACUGUCGCGGGAGAACUUCCUCACCUCGCGAUCUGCCUGGAAUUGUAUGUACCCCCAUUCUAAUGUCGCACCGGCAUAACAAAUCUCUCAUUAACGGGUACAAGAUUCUCUCAUAUGGUUUGCCGUGUGCUGCAAUCCUCUCAACUGCACUGGAAACUUCUAUUCAAGAUUCAUCAAGGGGAUCGCUUCUUCUCCCCGGUAUCAAGACCUCCACUCUUAUCCGAAAUCUUUCUGUCCUGGUGUCUCAACUUGAAACCGUUUCCAGUCCUAGUGAGACCAAUCAUGUAUUUUGCAUCAAAGCCUCAAAAGCUAUCUCGCGCAAGCUCGACCACAUCUUAGAUAGCUUUACAACAGCCAGUUCUACAAAGCCUCCUGGCCUUGUACCAGAGCCAGUCCCAACACUACCUGCGCUAAACACCACAACAAUGAUGGAUAUUGAUACGACUCGCUUCGUUGAUUUUGAUCACGUUGACCUUGCAGAUUGGGCAAUCAAUUUUGACAUAGGCACUAUGAGCGAUGAGUGGACUUUGUUUUGA